UGAAUUAGUUUUCCCGUUUUUCUUUCCUCGAUGCAACGUUAUUGAAACCUGUAAUAAAGCAGUUCAUCUGGCAAGUGUCUUUGUUAGAAACGUAGUGAAUUUUCUCAUCUGUUAUCUACGGACGCGUACAGGAUUACAGGGUGCAGGGAGCUGAUCGGCAGGCAGUGUGCAGGAUCGCCAUCGCAGCCAAAAUAUUGCACUGAAUCUCUGCGUUAUUUCUAACUUCUUGGCUGAUUUCGAUAUUCGGAUACUCAGAAUCUGGCUGAUUUCGCUGUUAGCGCGACCGUGUUGGGCUGUUAUCUGUAGCGCGAAAGCAGGGUAUCUUUGUGCGUUGUUCGUGGUAAAGCGGGAAGAUGGUGUUGGAGAGUACGAUCGUCUGCGUGGACAACAGCGAGUACAUGCGCAACGGCGACUACCUGCCGACGCGGCUGCACGCGCAGAACGAGGCCGUGGAGGCGGUGUGCAAGUCCAAGACGCGCUCCAACCCCGAGAACAACGUCGGCCUGGUCACCUUCAGCAAUGGCCGCGUCAUCGUCACGCUGACCACCGACAAGGACAAGCUGCUGGCCAACCUCCAGCAGGUCACGCCGCAGGGCCUCCUCGACUUCCACACCGGCAUCCGCGUCGCCCAUUUGGCGCUGAAGCACCGUCAAGGCCGCAACCACAAGAUGCGCAUCGUGGCCUUCGUGGGCAGUCCCGUCGCGGAGGAUGAGAAGGAGCUGGUGCGUUUGGCCAAGCGGCUGAAGAAGGAGAAGGUCAACGUGGACGUGGUGGCCUUUGGCCAGGAGGGUGACAAUUUGGAGAAGCUGAACCAGUUCGUCAACACUCUCAACGGCAAGGACGGCACUGGUUCGCACAUCGUGGUGAUCCCGCCGGGUCCGCAGCUGGUGGAGGCGCUGCUGACGUCGCCGGUGAUCCUCGGGGAGGACGGCGCCGGCGGCGGUCCCAUGCCCGGCGGCUUCGACGGCUUCGGCAUCGAUCCCAACGACGAUCCUGAGUUGGCGCUGGCUCUGCGUGUGUCGAUGGAGGAGCAGCGCGCCCGGCAGGAGCAGGAGCAGCGCGCGCAGGGUGAGGCUCAGGGCGGGCCGGCCGCGGCGGCCCCGGGCGCGACGAGCGCCGGGCAGGCGCAGGAGAUGGAGGCCAGCGUCUUCGCUAAUGUGGCGCAGGAGGCCGGGGCCGCCGCGGUGCCCGCACCGGGACCGGCGGCUGGCGGCCAGGACGUCAAUUUCCACGCCAUGACGGAGGAGGAGCAGCUGGCCUACGCCAUGCAGAUGUCCCUCCACGAGCUCGACGAACAUCGUAAAGACGAGGCCAUGGACACGGACGACGCCGAGGAGAAGCGUCCGCCGCCGGCGCAGUGAUCCAUCCGCUUCCCUCUCUUCCUCGCCGGCGCCGCCUGGGAACGGGCGGGCGUGUUUCUCCAAGUGUUGUUCGUUCAGUUUAUCGGCGAUCGGCGUGUCGCUUUGUACGGUUAACACGAGGAUUUUGUGUACUUACAUUUUGGAAUAAAUCGAAUUAAAUAUCAAGACAGCGGUUUUUUGUGUAAGAAUAUUUCCUGUACGAUUACUCCCUGCGUUUAGAGUAAUUUCCUUUUCAGUAAUAAAGUUUGGCCAAAUUUCACUAAUUUAAUCU